AUGGCAGCAGGUGGUGAAGGCGGUUGCCCCCGUGAAUGGGUCGGCGUUGUUUCUGUUGUUGGUGGUGCUGAGGAUUCUGUAGUAGCAAUGCCAAUCGUCGGAGUAGGGUCACAUUCCAUAGUCGAGUCUGUUGUUUCUGCCUGUUGUGAUCUGUUAUCUUUUAAAGGAAUUUUAGGUUUAUCAUUAGAAAUAUUUAUAAAUUUUAAAUAACGUUGUAUGUGGGCAAUGUCUUUUUGGGAAAUUUUGGACAUA